AUGCGCUGUUUUCACUUUUGCCAUGCCUUUUGGCCCUCGCUGGCGAGCUCUCGAAGCUCACCCAAGGUCACGUUUCAGGACCAGGCCGAUGUUCGAACUGAGCCCGAGAAGGAGCCAGAUGAGGAGGAAGAGGCGCCCGUCUCCGUGAAGGAUCGGCUGCUGCAGAGACUGACGCGGAUGAACACACAGGACCUGCUUCAAAAGAUACGCCGAAACAUCAGCUCAUUCUCGGUCAUCGACAUCGAAGAUCUGUCGUGGGACUGGGAAGACAUCUCCACCGAGCCCGACAUAGCCUUUGCAGUCAUGGAGCUCAAAGAGCUGCCUGAACCAAAGCAGACCGCCGGCUGCUGCUGCUGCUGCUACUACUACUACUACUACUACUGCUACACUACCACUUCGAUGCCGAGGACUUAA